UGAAGGGAGCGGGCCUUGUCCCUUCGGAUUUGCCUGCCCCGGAGACCCAGGAGGCCUGCGCCCCCGCCUCCUCCCCAGCCAGGGCCUUCCUCCCCUGCCCAUGGGGACGCUGGUGGCCAAACUCCUCCUGCCAACGCUCAGCAGCCUGGCUUUCCUCCCCACCGUCAGCGUCGCCGCCAAGAGGCGGUUCCACAUGGAGGCCAUGGUCUACCUCUUCACCAUGUUCUUCGUGGCGCUGAACCACGCCUGCAGCGGGCCGGGCCUGGCGGUGCUGUGCUUCAUGCGUCACGACACCCUGGACUACUUCAGCGUGUACGGCACGGCCCUGAGCAUGUGGGUCUCGCUGAUGGCUCUGGCUGACUUCGACGAGCCCAAGAGGUCGACCUUGGUGAUGUUCGGCGUCCUGACCACCGCCGUGCGGGUUUACCACGACCGCCGGGGCUACGGCGUGUACUCCGGCCCCAUCGGCACAGCCGUCCUCAUCAUCACAGCUAAGUGGCUGCGGCAGAUGAAGGAGAAAAAGGGUCUGUACCCCGACAAGAGCGUCUACACCCAGCAGAUAGGCCCCGGCCUCUGCUUCGGGGCCUUGGCCCUGAUGCUGCGCUUCUUCUUCGAGGAGUGGGACCACACCUACGUCCACAGCUUCUACCACUGUGCCCUGGCCGUGUCCUUCAUCCUGCUGCUGCCCAAGGUCAACAAGAAGGCUGGAGACGCGGGGCCGCCGGCCACGCUGGGCUGCUCCACCCUGUGCUGCACCUGCGUCUGACCUGCACCCCGCCCGGCUCCGCGCCCCUCCCCUCCCCUGUCCCAC